GGAAUUUUUUUAUUUUUAGGAAAUUGAGAUACAGCCAUGAUAGAAGACAAGGGUCCAAGGGUGGCUGACUACUUUGUAGUGGCAGGACUGACUGACACUUCAACUCUUCUGGACCAAGAAAUAAGCCGCUGUGAAACAAAAUCAACCGGUCCAAAGGCUCCAAUUACAGACAUUGCUGUCAUUAUCAAGUCAGCCGGUGAAACUGUCCCUGAGGGUUACACCUGUGUUGAAGCCACCCCCACAGCCCUUCAAGCCAACUUGAACUACGGCAGUCUUAAAAGUCCAGAGCUUUUUCUUUGCUACAAGAGGGGCUGGGACAAACCACCUCUUACAGACAUUGGAGUUCUAUAUGAAGGGAAAGAACGGGUAAUUUCAGGCUGCGAGGUGAUCCAGGCUACUCCAUAUGGCCGAUGUGCCAAUGUUAACAACAGUUCAGCUACUUCCCAACGAAUCUUUAUUACCUUUCGAAGGGCUCCUCCUGUUCGGCCUCAGAAUUCUUUGGCUGUAACAGAUAUUUGUGUUAUUGUGACCAGCAAAGGAGAAACCCCUCCCCAUACGUUCUGCAAAGUUGACAAGAACUUAAAUUGUGGCAUGUGGGGGUCCAGCGUGUACCUUUGUUACAAAAAGUCUGUGCCAGCUUCCAACUCAAUAGCAUAUAAAACUGGCUUGAUUUUCAGAUAUCCAGAGGAGGAUUAUGAGUCAUUCCCAUUGUCAGAAUCUGUUCCUCUAUUUUGCCUUCCAAUGGGAGCUACUAUUGAAUGCUGGGAUCCUCAAACCAAAUAUCCACUACCAGUGUUCUCAACAUUUGUACUGACUGGUUCUUCUGCAGAAAAGGUCUAUGGUGCUGCUAUUCAGUUUUAUGAGCCUUAUUCCAGGGAGCUGCUAACAGAAAAGCAGCAACUGCAGCUGAGCCUCCUGACAGCUGUGGGGAGAAAAGUGGCUACUGCCAAGUCCAUCAAUUCCAACAAAUGUAUCUGCCUUCUCUCACAUUGGCCUUUCUUUGAAGCCUUUCGAAAAUUUCUUAUGUUCAUCUACAAGCUUUCUGUUUCUGGGCCUCAUCCUCUUCCCAUUGAAAAGCAUAUAUCCCACUUUAUGCAUAAUAUACCUUUUCCUUCACCUCAAAGGCCAAGGAUCCUUGUACAGCUUUCUGCCCAUGACGCAUUAAUACUGUCUCAACCAGUUUCUACACCUUUACCACUCAGUGGAGCAAACUUCAGCACCCUGCUAAUGAAUCUUGGACCAGAAAACUGUGCUACUGUGCUACUCUUUGUACUCUUAGAAGGCAAGAUCCUAUUGCACUCCCUUAGACCAGCUGUGCUGACGGGUGUAGCUGAAGCUGUAGUAGCUAUGAUAUUUCCAUUCCAAUGGCAAUGUCCAUACAUCCCCCUCUGUCCUUUGUCUCUGGCAACGGUGCUCAGUGCUCCUGUUCCAUUUAUAGUUGGAGUUGAUUCACGAUACUUUGAUCUGUAUGAUCCACCACAGGAUGUUGUUUGCAUUGACUUAGACACAAACAUGGUGUACAUUUCAGAUGAUAAGAAGAGUACGAACUGGAAGCAGCUUCCUAAGAAGCCAUGCAAAAUUCUGUUGAGCACUUUAAAGAAACUACAUCCACAGUUAGCAUCAGUUCACAGAAAGACACAAGAAGGUUCUGCAGUGGAAAUGACUCCUAUAGAGGCAGAUUUCUCUUGGCAGAAGAAGAUGAUGGAACUUGAGAUGGAAAUCCAGGAGGCUUUCCUACGCUUCAUGGCAUCUAUUUUAAAGGGGUACAGACCAUUCCUCAAGCCAAUCACACAGGCACCUUCAAAUAAAGCUACUGCUGCUGAUUCCUUGUUUGACCAUCAAGGGUUUUUAAAAAGUAGAGACCGUGCCUACACAAAAUUUUAUGCACUUCUAACAAAAACACAGAUAUUUAGCCGCUUCAUAGAAGAGUGCAGUUUUGUGAGUGACAAGGACACUGGCUUGGCAUUUUUUGAUGACUGCACAGAAAAGGUUGAUGUUGACUCUGCAGAGGACACACGGUUGAUUGAGCUUGAUGAGUCACAGAAGAGUGAACACACAGUGUUUAUAAUGCCUCCAGAACCUCCCCCUGAAGAUGGACAGGACUGGGCCCCUAAGUACAGCUAUAAAAACUUCCCAAGACUAGACUUGAAGAUAUUUGACAGGCCACAGGAGCUCAAACUUUCUUUCAACAGACACCCAGCUGGAGGCAGCAUUUCAAAUAGCCCAGCACUCAUGGCAAAAAGAACAAAACAGGAGAUAAAAACAGCCCAUAAAUUAGCCAAGAGGUAUUACACAAACCCCCCACAGUGGGCCAAGUGUCUCUUCAGUCAUUGUUACAGUCUGUGGUUUAUUUGUCUGCCAGCCUAUGUCAGAGUUGCCCAUCUUAAGGUCAAAGCACUGCAGCAGGCAUAUGAUGUUCUCAUUAAAAUGAGAAAAACUGACGUGGAACCACUUGAUGAGGUAUGCUAUAGAGUUGUAAUGCAGCUGUGCGGACUUUGGGGCCAUCCUGUUCAGGCAGUGAGAGUCCUUUUUGAAAUGAAAAAUGCUGGAAUACAACCAAAUGCGAUCACCUAUGGUUAUUAUAACAAGGCAGUUCUGGAGAGCCCAUGGCCCAGCAGUAACCGCAGUGGUAUAUUUCUGUGGACAAAGGUACGGAAUGUGGUCCGUGGCAUGGCACGAUUUAGGCAGUGCCUAAAAAAAGCAACACGGAGUUCACAGGUCCCGGUGAUACCAGUUCCACGGAAUGCCAUGGGUGGAAGUGAUGGGGACACGGUGAGCCAUGGUAGCGUGGAUAGUUCUAAUGAUGCUAACAGUGGGGAGCACACACUCUUCGUCAGAAACUUAGUCAGGCUUGAUUCCAUUGAUAAUCACUGUAGCACAGGUGGUCAGUCAGACCAGGGGUAUGGAUCCAAGGAUGAACUUGUACGGGAGGAUGGAUAUAGGCUUCGUACAAAUGGGACACUAAUGGGAAAAAAAUUUUCUAAAACUGAAGACUUGACAAAAGAGGUCUGUGUUGCGGAUGACUCUGGUGAAAAGCAGCAGCUGAAUACAGAACUUCACAGUAUGACAGAGCCACCCAUCUGGGGAAACAGUAUUGUGAAAGUUCCAUCUGGCAUUUUUGAUGGCACUGGCAGAAAAAGCAGUGGUGGAACUGCAUCUACCCUACUCUUCAUGGCUCAGGAUUCCAUUGAAGAUUCAGUCUUUGAUGAUGCUUCUCCCAGGAAAACAAGUGAAAAAGGACAAAAGAGACAGAAACUUUUUUCAGAGAGGAGCUGCAGUUUUAGCAGUGAAAGCAGAGCAGGUAUGCUGUUGAAGAAAAGCAGUUUGGACUUGAUUUCUAGUGAAAUUGCAAUAAUGAUGGGAGCAGAUGCCAAGAUUCUCACAGCUGCUUUAUCUGGGACCAAAAUAUCACCUACACAUACUGUUAAAUCCCUUAACUUUGACAGUAUGGGUGACCAGCAGGUCCCUGGGCUGAGUGGUAAUAGGACUCAUAUGAAUAAAGGUACUUGGGAAUUGGAACAUAGGUCAUCACCAGUGAUGGAGGAGCCUGAGGAAGGGCCAGAACACCUUGAGAAUGGAAGUGAUGACAAUGCAGACAAAGCAGAAAACCACCUUACCAAACUGCUGGCUGGUAAUCAGUCCACAAAUGGGAAAAUGGAACCCAAAGAUGCAGUGAAUAAAAGGAAUAGCUUGUAUGGAGUUGUUAAGCCUGUAGAAAGGGAAGAUGUUGAAGUGGGCUCGGAUCCUUUGUCUCUGCUGGCUACUGAAAGCAUAGAGCCAAAAUGCUCAGAGACUGAGGAAAAGACGACACCAGUUGUAUCGCGUUAUCUGGCUGAUGAAAUAGAAAGCUACAUGAACCUUAAAAGCCCUGUUGGUAGCAAAUUUCCCAGCAUGGAGUUACACAAGGAAGAGAGCAGAAAAACAACAGUAUCUAGUACACUUGAUCACUCCCAAGACAAGAGAUCAAGCCUACCUUCAGAUUCCAUUCCACCAGUUCCAGAUCAACAUGAAAGUAGGAAGAGCCCUUCAGUUUCCAGGUCCAAAACCUUUGCUGGGCGACCAAAACAACCGUCCCGUUCACGAGCGCAGAAGGAACGGUCUUCAUCUGUAACGGGGCUGGGUCAUUCUCCUCAGCAUGGCUCACUGGGGUCUGUGGUUACGACUUUAUCCAGUCUGAAGUUAGAUAACAUACUUUCUGGACCGAAAAUAGACGUUCUGAAGUCAGGCAUGAAACAAGCAGCUAACGUAGCCAGUAAGAUGUGGGGAGCUGUAACCUCAGCCUACAACUACGCAGAAGAUGAGGAAGAAACUCAUCAGCAAGACUUCCCCUUUCCCACUGGAUUAGAAGACCACCUUUUAGGAGAUAACCUGUCACCAAAAACAGGAAUCCUGGGGCUGGUAACCAGUGAGCUCACACAGAGCACUACCAGUCUAGGUAGCAGCAACAGCAGUGGAGAUGUAGGAAAACAGCAGUACCCAACAGGUGAAAUUUCAUUCCCAAGAAGCAUGAAAGGUCUGGAUUCUGAGAAGUCAGAACAUGGCUCCUCCCACAAUACGAGUUUAUCUAGCAUCUUCCAGAACUGUGCAAUGGAGGUUUUGAUGUCAAGUUGCUCGCAAUGUAGAGCAUGUGAAGCUUUAGUUUACGAUGAAGAAAUUAUGGCUGGAUGGACUGCAGAUGAUUCUAACUUGAACACCACUUGUCCCUUCUGUAAAAGCACUUUCUUACCUCUUCUUAAUGUGGAAUUUAAAGACUUGCGUGGCUCUGCUAGCUUUUUUCUGAAACCAAGUACCUCUGGAGAUAGUUUACACAGUGGUAACAUUCCAAUAACUACUGAUCCUCUGGAGCUGAAACCUGCAUCCAGCUCUGCUGUUGCUGAUUUGAUGAGUUUUUCAGAUCAUCCUAGCUCCAACCAGACCAUAGUUGAAGAAACAAGCUCUACACCUGAGCAGAGUAAUAAGCCUGAAGAACAGAGUAAGGGCCCCAGAGCAGUGACAACAUCUGGCAACAAUCCACAAAAACGAGAAGCAUCUUUGACUCGGAGCCAUAGCGUGGGGGGCCCCCUGCAAAAUAUUGAUCUGUCACAGAGACCAUCUCAUGGAAUUUCAACAGUUAGCCUUCCAAACAGUUUGCAAGAAGUUGUGGAUCCCUUAAGAAAAAGGCCCAAUCCUCUUCCCGUCUCUGUACCUUAUUUGAGUCCUCUGGUGCUGCGUAAAGAGCUUGAAUCCUUGUUGGAGAAUGAGGGGGAACAAGUGAUACAUACAUCCACAUUCAUCAACCAGCACCCCAUCAUUUUCUGGAACUUGGUUUGGUAUUUCCGGCGCUUGGAUCUACCUAGCAACUUGCCUGGGCUCAUUUUAACCUCAGAACAUUGUAACGAGGGAGUGCAGCUUCCUCUGUCAUCUCUGUCACAAGACAGCAAGUUAGUGUACAUCCAGCUACUGUGGGACAACAUCAAUCUCUAUCAGGAGCCAGGCGAGCCUCUGUAUAUAUCCUGGAGAAAUUUGAAUUCAGCAGAGAAGAAACCAUCCACAACUUCAGAAGACCAGCAGGCAAUAAGCACUUUGUUAGAGAACAUCAAACUAAGUAUUCAACACAAUAAUGUUCUUAAACCAAUCAACUUCCUUCUGCAGAAAGUUCAACCAGGUGUCAAACGACAAAGAAGUUUUUACCGAGAAAUCCUGUUCCUGUCUUUGGUGUCCCUUGGCAGAGAGAACAUCGACAUUGAGGCCUUUGACAGUGAGUACAGAAUUGCAUAUAAAGGCCUAGCUUCUGAUGUGCUUGAAAAGAUGCAGAAAAUGGAUGCACCUCCAGGCAGCAGGGUGGAGUGGUGCAGAAAAUGUUUUGGAGCCCCUCUCAUUUAAAAGUAAGGAGAAAUACCACAGAACUUUCACAAGACAAAGCAGGGGUGGGACAAAACUGGGAGCAUACAAAUGUGGAUUUCAGUUCCCAAAAGAUGAUGCAAAACAGCAAGCUGGUGUUAAAUCUCUUGCGGCUAACCUUUGCAUUUUAUUUGUCAUCUCAUGCAAUAGUGUAAAAUAUUCUAAAAUACCUUUGGACCUUGUUUAUAGCUAGGGUUAUUCCACUCUUCAAUCACUGAUCUGCCUUUUACUGCUUGUUUGUAUGUAUGUUUUUCUUCCUUCUCAUCCCCUAUCUCCAGUUGCAUAGAGGGAGGAGAUAAAUAAGAGCAUUUAAUUGGUGGCUGCCUUAAGGUCCAUCAGUACUAAAAUAUUUUAUUGAAAUACCUUUCUAGUGCACCAGCUUAAGUGUGACAGUACUCCUAUGGACUGACCAUAAGGUAAAGAGAGGGAUCUGUUGUAUAUGUGUUCAUUGUGUAUGUAUUGGAACCCUUGGACUGCAAGUUGCCAUACAUUUUCCUUAGACAGUGGUCAUUAUACCAAACAGUUAGUUAGAUGCGACUAUUUUGAUAGAUUUCCCUGUCCAGGUCGAUCAAAAACAUCAGUUGACAGACUUUAACCCUCUGCUUUGACUGCAUUUAAAAGCUGUUUAAUUUCUCUACUCAUAGUGUCCUGCUCUGUGAAUUUGGAGAUAACUGUGAAUAUAUGACUGUAUUCUUCCAAACAGUGAUGCGCUGCUUUCCUGAGUGGUUUGGAGAAGGGUGUUUUUCUGUAAGUCAGGGAGGUAACUAAGGGUGGUACCCAAAGGGAUUAACAAAAUCAAAAAUUGUCCAGAAAUUAAGCUUUUUAGAGAUGUUUCAAAACAAAAAAGUGUCCCUUAGGGUGAAUUUGCAGCUUCAGAUAACUGCCCCCCUCCUGGGUCUUGAUCUCUCUUUUUUUAAACCUGUGGGAAAAUUACUUUGCACUGUUACGUCCAAAUUCAAUAUUUUUAUUACACAUAUUAAUAAAUGUGUUCUUCAAGUUGUGUAUGCAGAGAACAAUUCAAGAGCUUAAGUGAAUGGUAUUAAGAGUUAAAACCCUCUUUAGUUUCUUGCUGGUACAUGAGAACUUGUUCACCUCCUGUUCCUACUGAAUGAUAACACUACGCAUGCCCUUGGCAACCUGCAGUCAAACACUGAUUUGGGAUUUUUAAUGUGUCCAAGGGUAGAUACACGGCAACAUUUGUGGUGCUGUUUCUGUUGAAAUCAUAGGAGAAAUUGCAUCAGCGCAUGUCUAUAUUUUACCAGUAACUUCACUCAUGGGAGAAACAGCAAGGAGAAGGGAUUCAUGGAUUAUUAGGAGCAUAACUGAAAAAGCACAAUCGCACUCUAAGCUUGAAUGUAUUCUGUUCAGACUGCUGCCUUACUUUACUAGUAUCCCACACUCCAGGAUUUUGACUUUCAAAAACAAUCAGGGCAUGAGGAUCUUUUUUAAGGUAGCUGAAAUCCCUCCUCAAAAACACAGUGCUUUCAACAAGUUGCUGACAUGUCCUUCAAGCAAUGGUUUUUAAACUAUUUGUAGCAAACUUUUUUGCUUUGUAGGCUGGAUCUGUUGUUUUUAAAGUAAAAAAUGGCUGAUCCUUAACUAUGUUGGUGGGUUAAGUAGAGAUGGAAACAUUUCUCCACAUUAAAACAUAUGCAUUGUUACUACUUAGAAACAGAGGGGUAAAAAAAAGGAACUUUUUUUUUUUACUUUAGCCUUUGGAGGCUAAUUGUUCACAGAUGUAGGAACAACAAAACCAUGCCACUUGUUAAACGUAUGUUCUAAUCGUGUUCAAUUUUCAUUUUUCUUCCCAACAAUAUAAGACAUGUGCAAACAAUUCUUUAAACUAAAUAAAAAUUCCUACAAAGUGCUCUCCCAAGCAUUUUUAUACUAGCAUUAUAGUAGUGAUUAAACAAAUAAGAAUAGCAAAGAUUGUGCCUUAUACUUCAGCACUACCUUUAAAGCCCCCAAAACUAAUUUAGCAUAUUCCACUGGUAACCCUGAAUAAGCAACUAAACCAUGUGGCUACUUAGAGCAAUUUAAAUGACAAUACAUUUUGAGUACACUUAUGCUGAUCCAGUUCUGUAAACUAUACAGGUUAAAACGGUAUGCUAAAGACUUUUGAGAGGUAGCAGCUAGAUUCCUUUCUAUCCUGUAACCAUCGGAGAUUAGGAUCUAUCAUCGAAGCACCUUUUGUGUAGUGACUCACCUCAUCCAUUGUUA